CGCUGCCGUCCCGGCCGCCGCUGCCGCUUCCCCUGGAGAGGAGUCGCUGAGGAGCCGCCGGCGAAGCGAUGCAGGAAGCCAUUGUGAUCACCGAGCAGCCAGUAUCCGUCUCCGUCCCCUUGGGAUACUCCUUCACCCUGCGGUGCAGAGCCGAGGGACAGACAUUGCUGCAAUACCAAUGGUUUUGUCAGUACCAGUCUGUCUGCAACCAAAUUCCUGGUGCUACCAAGCAAGACUUGCCCAUCACUGCACAACAGACCCAACUCUACACCUGCAGAGUCAACGACCUCUACAAAAAUGCCGUCUUCUCUGAUUGGGUGAAGGUGGAGGUCCAUCACUGUGUUGCCAGAGGACUGCCCCCUUGGCUCUGGCAAGGAGAACCAGUCAUUGUCCUCAACCCCACUGAGCAGAGGGUGGAUGUGGGUAAGCCGCUACAGCUGCAGUGUGCUGCCAUGGGGGUCCCAGCCCCCAGCUACCAGUGGUACCAGAAUGGAAACCUUCUAGAAAACCAGAAGAAAAAAAAACUCUGGGUAAUGUUGUCUUGGGGUAGUUCAGACACUUGGGCUGCUGAGAUCUCCCAUGCAAAGGUCAGUGACUCUGGCACAUACCUCUGCUGUGCCUCCAAUAGCCACGGCGAGCACUGGACCAAUGCAGUGGAUAUUCACGUAGGUACAUGUCACUCUGAAAAGUUUUUUGCUACAGGCAAGAUAGCACUUUUAGUGGGCAACAACCACUACCAGCAUCAUCCCAACCUCAUGGCUCCCGUCAUGGAUGUGUUUGAGCUGAGUCUCCUUCUGGAGCAGCUGGGCUUCCAGGUUGUCUCCCUUCUGGAUCUGAACAAGACUGAGAUGGAGGCAGCAGUCAGUCGGUUCCUGGAGCUCCUGGGAAAAGGAGUCUAUGCUAUAUUCUACUAUGCUGGGCAUGGGUAUGAACAUUUGGGGAGGAACUACAUGGUCCCAGUUGAUGCUCCACAGCCCUAUGCCCCUGAGAACUGCAUCAGCGUGCAGAGGAUCCUCCAGAGGAUGCAGCAGCAGCAGACGGCCCUGAACCUCAUCCUGCUGGACACCUGCAGGAAAUGGUACAACUCUGAGUGUGCCCUUUCACAGGUACAGCCACUAGAACCCUGGGGCAAUACUAUUUAUGGAUAUGCCACGUGUGAAGAUGCAGAAGCCUAUGAGUUGCAGGAUGGGGAGUUCAGCUCUGGGAUCUUCAUGAAAUACCUGAAGAAACACAUUCUGCAAGAGAAGAAGGUUACACACAUGCUGGAGGAUGUGCUAGAAGACAUUGGCCAGGAUCCUUUGGUUACUGGGAAGCAGGUGAUGGAGAUCAAGCAUACUCUGAAGGAAGCCCGGUCCCUGACGGAUCCGAUCUGUCCCUUGGGAGCCCGGGCCGAGCGCUGGGGGCACAGCCAUGAACUGCUGAGCAAGCGGGUGACCUUCCCCUGCGGGGCACGGGUGGAGCUGCGCUUCCACCGACUCUUCUCCAACCUAAUCUGUGUGUGCGCCAAGCUGCAGCACUCCCCAGCCCACAUCGCCGAUACCCGCCUCCUGCUCUGCCGGCCCACCGAGAUGGACAGUGUGGCCAUCCAGAAAGAGAGCCACUGGGACCAAGUCAAGUCUCUGCUCUCCUCUGUGUACAAGCAGGAGGAGCUGGACUGUGUCUUCCAGCUCUGUGGACUACAGAAAAUUCAGACAGAUGUGGUCCUGCAGUUGGAUUUGCAUUACACCCAGCUGAGCACAAAGCAGAGGAUUUGUGAAAGCCUGCAGACAACCCUCCAGAAAUCUCUGCUAGGGCAGUUUUUCAGCCACAUGAAUUACUCACAGCCAAACUACUGGAGACCUCCUGCCUGUGCAGGUGGUGUGUGCCUCCGGGACGCAGUGGCGCUGAGCAUGGAUCUGAAGGGACAAGCAUCAGUGAGGACAGGCUUUGGCCACAGCUUGCCCAGCAGCAACCCCUCCAACUCCAGCAGUGAGCCAGAGGAGAAUGAUGAGAGUGACCUGAACGACCUCUGCUCAGCAUUGCUGCGGGCUGGCCCAAGGCAGGGCUGCCCCUGACCCCAUGGGCUGACAUGCCCAACCUUAGGAGCUAUUUUUAAUAGAGAUAACAGUUAUUUGAGUGCUAAAUAAUGAAUCAAUCAGAGGGAGAAUUCCAGUCUUGGCAACUGCCCUGUC